GGCUAAUGCAUCAGAGACCGAGAAGGGGAGCGGCCUUAAGGAGAAAGGGAGAGACCAAAGAGAGAAGAGAAAGAUGGCAGCUGCGGGUUUCAAGCUUAAGAGCUCCGAUACUGAGGUCGACGAUUUGUUCAUAUACCCGCGAGACCUGUGGAUCACCUGGGGCAGCGAUGAGAGAUACUGGAGGUGGCACUGGCUCUUGCUGAGGAGCCAAGACUACAAGGACAUUGAAGUGCCACAAUUGUUAGAAGUAUGCUGGCUCGAGAUCAAGGGCAAGUUCAGCAUGUCGCAGCUCACGCCCAACGCCAAGUACGAGGUGGUGUUCGUGGUGAUGCUGCUGGAGCCAAGCUUCGGGUGGGAAUCCCCAGUGACUCUCAGUCUCGAUACGCCCGAUGACAAAUCUACCUCGCGCAAAAGUGAUGAACUCAAGAAGAUGCCCGUGAACGAAUGGAAGGAGCUCCUCGUCGGUUCCUUCACGGCAUCGGCAAGCGGGGAUGUCACCUUCUCCAUGCUGGGGGACGACAAGACGCACUGGAAGAAGGGGCUCGUCGUCAAGUACGUCGAGGUCCGACCCGCGUAUAACUAAGAAAGACGCCGCUGUUGGUUCCUCCUGGGACCGAGUCCGCUCUACGUUAAAUAAGGGGCACGUGCCAUCCCUUCUCGACGUGCCCGGUACCACGUGUGCUUGUAUCGUAUGUGCUUGUAUUGCCUGAAUAAAAUCUACCAAUCCUUAUAUGGAAUUGGUGGUUGAAUAAAAUCGGGUGCUCUCUCUUAUGUUUCA